CGCGCUGUGGCGCUGCAGCGUUGCGGAGGUCCCGCUGCCAUCCCGGCCCGACCCGACCCGUCCCGGUGCGUGCGUGGGGGCCGGGGCCGCGGCGGGAGGAGGAGGAGGCGGCGGCGGCGCUCCCUCUCCGCCGGGACAAAGGGCCGUGGGCGCGCAGCGGUUGUUCCCCGCCGGUUUCGGCGCUUCCCCGGGAGCCGCCGCGGGCUGCGGGAGGCGCUGCCCCGCCGCCAACCGCCGCGCAACCGCCCGCUGCCGCCUUUGUCUCGGCACCCGCGGCCCAGCGCCUGGGAGCCCCCUCAGCCGAGCGCUUCCCGCCGCAGGAGCCAUGGGCCGGCUGCCGCGUUAGCAGUAUCCCCGGCCGGAGGGGAGAGGAGCAGAGCGGCCGCGGUUCCCCUUCCCCCGGGGCUGGAGAUGGAGCCGGCGGCGCGGCCGAGCGGGGAUAUCCUGAGGCGGAACCCGCAGCAGGACUACGAGCUGAUCCAGCGGGUGGGGAGCGGCACCUACGGCGACGUCUACAAGGCUAGAAAUCUUCAUACGGGAGAACUGGCUGCUGUAAAAAUAAUCAAGUUAGAGCCUGGAGAUGACUUCUCAUUGAUACAGCAAGAAAUAUAUAUGGUUAAAGAAUGCAAACAUUGCAACAUAGUCGCCUAUUUUGGGAGCUAUCUCAGCCGUGAGAAGCUGUGGAUAUGCAUGGAAUACUGCGGCGGGGGAUCCCUCCAGGACAUUUACCACGUAACGGGCCCUCUGUCAGAGUUACAAAUUGCGUAUGUGUGCAGAGAAACUUUACAGGGUCUUGCGUAUUUACAUAUGAAAGGCAAAAUGCAUAGAGAUAUAAAGGGUGCAAAUAUUCUACUAACAGACCACGGAGAUGUCAAAUUAGCCGACUUUGGUGUAGCAGCGAAGAUAACGGCCACCAUCGCGAAGAGGAAAUCAUUUAUUGGUACCCCUUACUGGAUGGCCCCAGAAGUCGCAGCGGUGGAGAAGAACGGCGGAUACAACCAGCUCUGCGAUAUCUGGGCCGUCGGCAUCACGGCGAUUGAACUCGCCGAGCUUCAGCCGCCCAUGUUUGAUCUUCACCCCAUGAGGGCUUUGUUUUUAAUGUCAAAAAGUAAUUUUCAACCGCCAAAGCUAAAGGAAAAAGCAAAAUGGUCAUCAACAUUCCAUAACUUUGUCAAAAUAGCACUUACAAAGAAUCCAAAGAAGAGACCGACAGCAGACAGACUCCUCUCUCAUAGCUUUGUAGGGCAGCCUGGUCUUUCAAGAUCUUUAGCAGUCGAGCUGUUGGACAAAGUGAAUAAUCCUGACAACCACACGCACUACGGUGAGGUUGACGAUGAUGAUUUUGAGCCUCACCCCGUUAUCCGCCAUACGAUCCGUUCUACCAACAGGAACGUUCGCGCAGAGAGGACGGCGUCGGAGAUAAACUUCGACAAGCUGCAGUUUGAGCCCCCUCUGCGGAAAGAAACAGAAGCUCGGGAUGAAAUGGUUGUGGCAGCUGGCACCGGCUUUGCUUCGCACUGGAAUCCUUUCGUUGAUGGUGGAAGCAGCAGGGGCCUGCUAACAAAAUUUGGCGAUGGGAGCGAAGAUGUUGAAGAAUCAACACUAAAGCGAGCAGGGCCGCCUCCGCUACCCCCUAAGCCGAGAAUAAACAGUUAUCCCGAGGAAAACCUCCCAGACGAUGAGAAAUGUCAGACAAUAAAGCAUUUUCCGGACCCGCAGAGCAGAGCGCCCCCAGCCCAUAGGAGACAGAGCAUCCCGGUUUGUGGCCCCCAGCCCGAUUCCUCCCCCAGCGGGAUGACCAGCAGCAUCAGCAGCCCUGGGCUGCUCACAGCUCGAUACAGCGACUUAGGGAAUGGGGACGGCGUGCUGAAACUCAUCGAGGAAAACGCAGAAGGGUCUGGACAAAUCCCUCAGCUGCCACGUAAAAAAGAGAAAAGAGAUUUUCAGAAGCCAGCCAUCAAUGGUUUACCACCAACACCCAAGGUGCUGAUGGGAGCGUGUUUUUCCAAAGUCUUUGACGGUUGUCCUUUGAAGAUUAAUUGUGCAACAUCGUGGAUACAUCCCGAUACUAAAGACCAGUACAUUAUCUUUGGCACUGAAGAAGGUAUCUAUACUUUGAAUCUGAAUGAACUUCACGAAGCAACAAUGGAACAGUUAUUCCCCCGCAAGUGCACCUGGCUGUAUGUCAUCAAUAACACCUUAAUGUCCUUGUCAGGGAAAACGUUCCAGCUCUACUCCCAUAAUUUAAUAGCUUUGUUCGAACAAGCCAAAAAAACAGGAUUAGCUGCUCACAUCCAAACCCACAGGUUUCCUGACAAAAUAUUACCAAGGAAGUUUGCCUUAACCACAAAGAUCCCCGACACAAAAGGAUGCCACAAAUGCUGUAUAGUACGAAAUCCAUACACGGGACAUAAAUACCUGUGUGGCGCAUUGCAGUCUGGAAUUGUUCUACUACAGUGGUAUGAGCCAAUGCAGAAAUUCAUGUUAAUAAAGCACUUUGAUUUCCCGCUGCCAAGCCCGCUGAAUGUGUUUGAGAUGCUGGUGAUCCCAGAGCAGGAGUACCCCAUGGUCUGCGUCGCCAUCAGCAAGGGCACGGAACCCAAUCACGUCGUCCAGUUUGAGACAAUCAACCUGAACUCGGCUUCCUCGUGGUUCACAGAAAUCGGGGCAGGCAAUCAGCAGUUAGACGCCAUUCACGUCACGCAGCUGGAAAGGGACACUGUCCUCGUCUGUCUGGACAAAUUUGUGAAAAUUGUGAAUUUGCAAGGGAAACUGAAGUCGAGCAAGAAAUUGGCCUCCGAGCUGAGCUUUGAUUUCUGCAUUGAGUCAGUGGUGUGCCUUCAAGACAGCGUGCUGGCCUUCUGGAAACACGGCAUGCAGGGCAAAAGCUUCAAGUCAGAUGAAGUUACCCAAGAGAUAUCAGAUGAAACCAGGGUUUUCCGCUUAUUGGGAUCAGACAGGGUGGUGGUGCUGGAGAGCAGGCCGACCGAAAACCCCACGGCGCACAGCAACCUCUACAUCCUGGCUGGACACGAGAACAGUUACUAAGCGACGGUAACCGAACGCAAACGCCGGCGUGAAUUUGCCACACGAGGAACAAAGGAGCGUUGGGAAACUCGGCGCAGACUGGGACUUGCUGUGUGUGUUCUGCACAGCUCGCUGGGCUUGCUUGGGCUGGAAAUCAAUACAUUUUUGCAGCUGGGAACAGCUGGUUCUGUCUCUUGCCACUGUGUGGUUGGAUAUAUCGAGUUUGCUUAAUAAAAGCUAUGAGGUAAAUAGCCCUUUACUCAGUAGUUAUAGGGAAACAGAGCCUUUAAAAACAAACGUUAUGCAGUAAAGGUGCCAUAAACUGUUAAAUAUUUUACUCCCCUUGGAUUUUCCUUAGAUCCUGUAGAUAUAGUGCUGGCCAUCCCUGUUUUAUACUGAGUCUUAAUAAAAAGGAUUUGUGUAGGAAGCGAAAGGAUCUGCAGAGCUUUUUGGUUUUAAAUCCGCCAUUCAGGAUGGCUUUGUAUAAUAGACUAUUUAAUCCUUAUUUAUUAAUCUGCUGCUAGAAUGGUGUAAUGUAUCUAACUUUUAGCAAAGGAAGGUUGCAGAGCAGCUUACAAUUAUUUUUUAUUUACAAUUGUAUAAAGAUUGGAUUAUUCUCUUUCCUGGUAGAGCUGUAGUGCGUUAUUGAGGGCUGCGUUACCGUGUUGGUCCAUCUCGGAAAAAUGCAGUUUUGUACGACAAAGUAUUUUGUAUGGAUUUGGUUUUGCCUGCAGAAUUGCCAUCAAAGGGAUUUUCUUCUUUACUACCAGACGUAGGGUGCGUGGACACAAAAUAGAAUAUUGAUAUCAGGCGUGUUGCUACCGGGUGGGUGUGUACAAUAGACGUGUGUGCGUGUGUGUUAAGUUGACCGGCAGCGUGUAUUUUAUAUAUAUAUAUAUAUAUUUAUAUAUAUAUAUAUAAAAUGUACAAAUAGAUAUGCUUUAUUUUCAUAAAUUAGGGAUAAGCCGUGUGAUGUGAAAUGGAGAUUGUACCUGCUCGUCAUCCUUAAUGAAUGAAAGUAUCAUGUAUCAGACUGCCCAUGACGUAUAGUUUAUUUAUACUAUUGCAGAGGGGACCUAAAGCCGUAACGGAGCUGACGAGCUUUUUUGUUUGGAAAUGGUUAUUUCCCCAGCUGUGUAGUAUAAAUAAAUAUGAUAAGAACCAGUAUUUUAUAUUAAAGCUUUCCAUCACUUUCCUCCCUUUCUCUAUUUUGUCACCUGCAUUUUACUUUCUCAUCCUAUAUCUCCAUUAAAGAGUCACCUCGCUUCCUUUUGUCUUCCUCAUUCGUUAAACUUCUUGAGGUACCAUUAAUAGAAAUACAGACUGACCGCAGGACCGCAUCUGGUUUUACUACCUCACCUUACCCUGCUCGCUUUGAUGUGAGUAAACACCGUCCGCAGGCGCCUCAUAUACGUUGGAAUUGAGGGGCUGGAAGUGAAUUUCCACGAUCCGCUGCCCCGGGAAGGACAGUUUAGAAGCUUUGCGCGUCAUUAUUAAUAAAGCAUUAAAGGUAAGUGCGUUACAGCGGCUUCAUCUGAAGUGGCAACCCGAGGAGCGAGGCGCCGGGUCGUCUGCUUGGGGCAUCAGGCCAUUCAUAAUUUAACAGCGAGGGAAUGAACUCGGCGCACGCGGCGGCUCGGUAGCGGCUUUUGUUACAGGGUACACCCGAGUCCUGCGUCGUUCGGGCGGUCCGGAAGGGAAAAUAGACCCGCGUGCCAUUUAGCAUCUUAGCCACUUGGCAUUGUCAUUCCAAACUAAUUCUUCGUGUUGACUUGAUGUUUGAAUCGAGCUUUUCAGUUCUGAAGCUGUGUCAGAGUUUUAGAAAUAGUGAGUGUACAGAUAAAAACCAGUCCGCAAACAAUGUAUUGGAAGUAUUUUAAGUGGCCAGCUGUAAUUGGAUCAGCGAUACUAAAAGCCAAACGUGUAAUUAUUGCGUUUUAAAGAAUUCGUGUUCUCUAGUACUGAAAUUCCUUCUCCGUAGAUAACAGUAAUUGGUGAUUAACCUUCCAAUGGUGUAACUCCACAUCUACAAACACUUGAAGACAAAGUGAAGCACCGGGUGUAGAUGCAGAGCAAACGCUUUCACUCCACUGACCCCAUUCACUGCAGAAGGGCAUCUUGGCACCGUCUCUACAACACUUAAAAGAUCUCUAAAAAGUCUAGAGAAACCUGUAAAUAUGAAUAUUUAUGGGGAAUAACUGGAGUAAAUAACUAUUAGGUCGUGCCACUUCAUGCAAAAUAAUGAACUGAAAGUAUCUUUCUUUGGGUGACAUGAAUGACUGGUGAUUUGCUGAAUCAUGAAAAAUUAAUCUAGGAAAGGCCUCGUUUAAUCGAACCUCCGUUUUGGGCGGUCGCAGCAUUUCUAACUGCAUGUUCUGAAAUGCUUUGUCCGCUCUGGUUUUAUACAGUGGCAUUUUGGACAUAACCUGCAAGAUCCUGUUUGCUGGUGUCAAACCUCCCGCGUUACUCUUGUCCCGGUGACUCUGACUCGUGUAACUUGUAUUUGUUAAACCCUUUAAGUUAGUCUGGUAUUAUCUGGGUCUCUGUAUGUUUUUGUGACAUUUCAACCUGGGUUGAGAAAGCCUAGUGUGUGGUUUGGGGGCUUAUACAGCAAAAGCUUGCUCACCCCCUCGUUACUCUUUUGGCAGAUAUCAAAAUGUUAUUUGAUGCUCAAGGUAUUCAACUUGAAAGCCUUGAAACAGGCUCCCAGUGCUCUUUGAAGUGCAAACGGCGUUUGAAAAGCAGCCUGUAGAUGAGUCUCUCUUGAUUUCCUCACCACAUUCAUUGUAACUGAAAAGUACAGCUGUGCUUGUGCUGACAUCUCUUGAGAAGACGAAGGGUACAACGCGUCCGUGAGCCGCUGCGUCUCCAAAGGACGAGACUGGGAGACCUUCUGAAAUGGACGUUUUGCCUUGUUUAGUCCUUAGAUUGUAACCGAGGCUCUAACUGCACUCGUUCGGUCUGUGUAACUGGGCUUUGUUGUAUGGGAGUUUCUGUUGCAGUUCAGUUCGGUCUAUGCCAAAUAAACUCUGCUUUGUUUGAUACCGA